UGCGGUGUCGCGUUAAGGUCACUCUCUGGCUGCCUGAAUUCCCCUCUUUGUGUUUACACAUCCGGGUUUCCCUGUUUGCAGCCCAUUCCCCAUUUAGAAGCCAUUUUGGACACAGAUCAGUAACAUGCAUGUAAACCCCGACCGACCUCCCGACGCAGCGGUGCUACUAUUCAACCGAAUAACCUCAAAAAAGAGCGCCGAGCUUUCGACUUGGAUGUUUUAACGCCUUUUGGACCCACUUCCGAUGCGAAAUGUCGCAUCUUUUAACGGACUAACAGUCCCGGUAGUCAAUUAAUCGCUCCUGUCUUUUCGCGCAACAUUGUUGCAGCGUCGCGGCUAUUGACACGCGUUGUGGUGGUGGAGGUGGUGGUUAGGCUGCUGGAGGGACCGGAGGCCUGUGGUCGUUUUGAUCCUGGACUGAUGUUUUGGCCAACCUGAGUUUUAAUGUUCGUGUGGGAACGAGGGGGGAAUCUCUGUCCUGUAUUUAAAACGGAACAUGUCUUUUUCAUGGCUGACUUGUUCACUUCUUCUGGGAACUUUAUGCGCAGGGUACAGUCUUGGCGAAGCGGAGACCCGGGAGUGUGUGUACUAUAAUGAUAACUGGCGUACGGAGAGGACCAACCAGAGUGGCUUUGAGCGCUGUGAGGGGGAUAAGGACAAGCGCCUGCACUGUUAUGCCUCCUGGCUUAACUCCUCAGGAACCAUCAAGCUGGUGAAGAAAGGCUGCUGGCUGGACGACUUCAACUGCUAUGACAGGCAAGAGUGUGUCUCCAUGGAGGAAAACCCUCAGGUGUUCUUCUGCUGCUGCGAGGGUAACUACUGCAACGAGCGGUUCACCCAUCUUCCUGAUAUGAUUGGCAGCGGCGACCGAGUGAAAAUCCGGCCUCCACCCCGAGUGCCAUCCUUGCUCAAUGUGCUGGUGUACUCCCUGCUGCCGCUCUGUGUGCUGUCCCUGGCCCUCGUUCUGGCCUUGUGGAUGUACCGCCACCGCAAGCCUCCCUAUGGCCAUGUAGACCUGAGCGAGGAUCCUGGACCAGUUCCCCCAUCCCCUUUGGUGGGUCUGAAACCCCUGCAGCUUCUGGAAAUCAAAGCAAGGGGGAGAUUUGGUUGCGUUUGGAAGGCUCAGUUAAUGAGCGAAUACGUUGCUGUAAAGAUUUUCCCCGUUCAGGAUAAGCAGUCAUGGCAAAAUGAGCGGGAGAUAUUCAUAACCCCAGGGAUGAGACAUGAAAACAUCUUGCGUUACAUCGCUGCAGAGAAGCACGGCACCAACCUGGAGACAGAGCUGUGGCUAAUCACAGAGUUUCACGAGAGGGGCUCAUUGACGGACCACCUGAAGGGUAACACUGUGACCUGGUCAGAGCUGUGUCACAUAGCAGAGACCAUGUCCCGCGGCUUGGCUUACCUCCACGAGGACAUUCCCAGCUACAAGGGAGAGGGACCUAAGCCUACUAUUGCACACAGGGACUUCAAGAGUAAGAAUGUGAUGCUGCGAGAUGAUUUGACUGCAGUCAUCGGAGACUUUGGACUUGCUGUACGGUUUGAACCUGGAAAGCCUCCUGGGGAUACACAUGGACAGGUUGGUACGAGGCGUUACAUGGCUCCAGAGGUGCUGGAGGGAGCCAUUAAUUUUCAGCGAGACUCCUUCCUGAGGAUAGACAUGUACGCCAUGGGCUUGGUGCUGUGGGAGCUGGUGUCCCGCUGCUCAGAGACAGACGGUACAGUUGGUGAGUACAUGCUGCCAUUUGAGGAUGAAAUAGGUCAGCAUCCCUCCCUGGAGGAUCUGCAGGAUGUGGUCGUGCACAAGAAGAUGCGUCCAGUCAUUAAGGACUGCUGGCUCAAACAUCCUGGCCUGAGCCAGAUGUGCGAGACCAUCGAGGAAUGCUGGGACCAUGAUGCAGAAGCACGGCUGUCAGCCGGCUGUGUGGAGGAGCGCAUCAGUCAGAUCGCCAGGACGAUAGGCGGCACUACCUCAGACAGCCCCGUCUCCAUCGUGACGUCUCUCAUCAAUGAGGACCUACCUCCCAAAGAGUCCAGCACCUGAAUGGGUGACGCAAUCCCUCACCUGAGCUCCUGACUUUUCCUUGUUCAAAUCCAAACUCAGCGGAUCUCCGUGAAUAUUUAACAACAUAAAGAUCCUAGCAACUUAAACACAGCUGCUAUUUUAUCCCAAUACUGGUAUUUUUAUUAUGUUUGUUUUUUUUUUUUCCAACGUUCAGUGUUUUUCUGUGUCUGAAGUCAGAUCUUACUAAUACAUCCAUCUGCUGUAGUUGAAGUAGUAAAAAGCUAUGCGAUGGGCACAUCUGAUAACACCUAUGUGUCAAAUCUUAAAUGGUGUCAUUACCUCAUGUAUUCCUUUUUGUGUUUAGUCUCUUUUUAUUACCUCAUGAGUUGUCGUCUUUGUAUUUCCUAUUGUGGUCAUGAUCGUCUGCGGCCAAAUGAAAUGAACCGUUGCUCCAAACCUCAGACGACGUGCUGCACACCUCGGAGGAACCGUUUUGAGACUGUUAGACAAAAUAUAUUCAUCUUCCUCAGGGGUUGAAGCUUCUUGUUUUUUAAACUCGGAGGGUGCUCCCUUAUUUUAAACCUGUGAAUUCCUCAGAAUGGAAAGGAGAAAAAAAAAAAAAACAUAAAAAGAAGAAAAAAAAUCUGGAGCACAGCUGUUUUAUUGUAAGGGAGGGAGCUAAAUGAGAGCUGAGCAGUUGUAUUGGACGUUUUUGACUUUUUUGAAGAUUUUGGACAAAUGUCUUGUCCUCAGAACUACCUCUCAGGUAUCCAGCAGGCUUCUUUGGAACAUUUCUUUAAGUUGAAAGCCAAGCUAUCCAGCUAGCUAUCAUGGACAUAUUCCUGGAUUUUUCUUUUUUUCUUUCGUUUUAAUAGAUGAAAUUCAGAGUUACUCCUUUGCCAGUGCCAGGGGCAUUGACGGAUGCUGUUUGGAGUUGCAAUGUUACACAUUCUUAAUUUUAACUCUGUGUGUGUGUGUUUGUGUGAAAGUGUAAGAAUCUAAAGUGAUGCGAGGCAAAUAGUGUUUUUAAAGUAAGAACCAUUGACAGGUAAUUGGAAGUUUAUCUUUGCAAGGGCCAUACUUGAGCAAGCAACAUGUCUGUUUUUUUUUUUUCUUUUCUUUCUCCAUGGUCAGUAGACUCAUUUGGACACCAGUUACCAGAUACCUCAGUCACUGUAGGUCAUGCAAGGAGAACUCAAAUGGUUGCCUUUGUCUCAAAUGCAAUGCCAUAGCUGUACCAUAACAUGAAUACCAUACAUUGAAUGUCCGUUAUGCUGCUGUGACUAUUCCAGGAUACUCAAGGAUUUGUAGAUGUACAUGUAUUCUUUGUUAAUAUAACACUAACAUGUGAUAACUAUCCAUAUUAUGUGAGGCUAAUAUUCUGUUUUUUUUGUUUGUUUUUUGUGUUUUUCCUUCAUUUUUGACUGGGUAGGCCCUCAGCUGCUUACUCCUCCUGACUGACCUCAGAUAUUCUGAAAAGUACCUCAGGCUUUUUUCUACAUGUAUAUCAAGUUGUGUUAUGCAUUUUAUUGUGUUUUAGUAGUGGAGAUAUUUUAUUGCAGGUUGGGCCUCUUUGUGGAGAUUUUUAUUUCUUGGAUAACCUGACCAGUUUUCACAGUGUUGAUGCUCUACAAACCUUAAAGUAGUUAGUCAGAUUCUUGUAAAUAUACGUGUACACACAGAUGUUGAACGCUGAUCUUUUUAAAUACAAAAUCAGGGCAUUGCUCUUGCAGUUACAGAAAGGGAUUUCUCAGCUCAAAAUCCACAUAUAUAAGUUAUUUUGUCAACUAGCCCUGAGAUUCUCUCUUUUUUUUUUUUUUUUUUUUUUUUAACUUUGAGAACAGUGUUACUGAUAUUGGUGUAUAAUGGUAUUGGCUCUUUUGGGUUAGAAGCUGUGAGGGUGGCGCUGACAUCAGAAAACUUUGUUCUUUAUAUAUAAACACCAAUGACAAAAAAAAAAACAAAAAAAAAAACAACAAAAUCCAUUUGUUAUGUUUGGUGCGGGCAGCUUCUGUGAUUGGCCACUUGUUUAAUCAGUAUUGCCUCAAUAUUAACCUGCUGAUGUGAUGUUCUGACACGUUUAAGUGAUAGUUUAGCCACAUUGGACAACACCCAGGCUCAUCUGUUGUACUUGAUUAGUGGUGUGGAAAAGAUAGUGCUUUUUAACAGUGAUCUGUAGCUCUUGCUGAUGUGCAGUUUUGGUAAAGGACAUCUGGAAAAAUAACGGGAUCACGUCAGUGUUUGGAAACCAUCGUUGUGUUUGUAUCAACUUGACUGACUGAUGCAUUGUCAAGGAUUCACAUGAACAAUGGCAUGUCCAACGGUCCAGCAAUAUUUACGAUACAGCAAUAGUCAUUUGAAUAUUAUAGCUUAUGUAAUUAUACUUGGCUGUGACUAAGGAGUUAUCUUCUGCAGAUCAGCACAGUACAUCUCAUCACACCUGGAUCGGCCUCCUGAUGAAAAAAAUUAAAGGGUUGAACUUUCUUUGUUCAACCCCCCCCCUCCCCUUCUUUCCUUCCCAAACGUGGCCCAGGUGCUUUCACGAAUCGUGCCAGAGAAACAACGGUCACGUGGGAAAAUCUGCUGUGAUCGGUUGUUCCCUCCAAACACUGUCUUACACCCAGCUCUUCUGAACCGAAAAACCUUGUUACCUCAUGCAGUACCUCGUUCAGUAACACUAACAUGGAGUCAGUCUCAUCUUCAACAAAAUAGGGGAAAAAAAAAGAAGAAAAAAAAUGAUCAAUUGUGUAUAUAUUUACUUGAUAAAUGUAAACAGUUUCUUCCUUUCAUGUGUGGAUCCUGUGAAAGCAAAAUCCUUUUUUUAUUUACAGUCAGUAUAUUAUUUCUCAUAGUGUGAGUGGAUGUUUGAAUUGAGUGACUUUCCCUGUUUAUGUGAACUGUGUGUGGUUGUUGGUUGGUUUCACUAAAUCAGUACGAAUGAUAACUUUAUAUGUGCAUUGAAAUGCUUAGAAAUAUAAACUAGAUGAGAAUACAUUCAUCUUUUUGUAUAUAAAAAAUAAAGACAAAUCCUGAUUAA